AUGUCUUUCUUUGGUGACGGAAAUUCGGACUGUGGACCUGUAAAUCCAAUGGCAGGCUUAAUGAAGCAAUUUGGACGAGAUAGAUCACUUCAACAAGAUCGACUUAAUGUUGAACAAAAAGGUGAAAGCUCAAAGGUUGGCUUUCGAGCUCGAAAUAGAAUGAAUAGUCCUAUUUCCAAUGAUCAGUUAACUGAUGAGUUUUUUAGAGAAGAAAAAAGUCGAAUGGAGACAAAUACAUUUCAAUUUAAAGGCUUAAAUCGUGAAUUGGAGCUCAUUGGACAGCAGCCUAUACAGAACUGGACAGCGGAUUUUAUACAACAUCAGCAAGAGCCUCAACAAUUUGACGAGUUUGAGAAAAUAUACCAACAAAAUCGACAAUACCCAAUAAUACAAGGUGUUGAUUGGCAUAAAGAAUUUGAGGCAUUUCAAGCAAUUCAUUCUGGUGAAACAUUGACACAAACAGAAAGAGACGCCUUUGAAAAAACAUUUGAAGAAGCUAAACAUGCUACUCAAAAGACGAUGAAUUGGGAACAAGAGUUUACUACACAACAAGAGUCAUGGGCUAAUGAAUUUGAACAGCAAGAAGAGCAGAGUAUGACUUCUAAAGAUGAGAAUGAGGCUCUUGCAAAGACAGCAGCCUUAUUGUUAGAUUCGGUUGAUAUUGAAAGUAAUCCAAAAUUCAAAAAUUCGCAGUUUAUGAAUUUGAUGCGUAAAUUAAAAGAUAGUGAGGUUCAGAUUGAAGGAAAUAAAAUGGUAGAAACAAGGACAAGUACACAAUUGAAUAACCAAAACACAAAUGACUGGGCUAGCGAAUUCACACAGCACGUAGGAAGCACCAGUAGUGGUAAUAUGUGGUCUACUGAAUUUGCAGCCAAAGCGGAGCGUAGCUGGGCAUCAGAAUUUCAUUAUGAGCAAAACCAACACCAGCAGCCUGGUGACUGGGCUUCUGAAUUUUCGAAACAUCAAUCUGAGAAAGAAGAAAUGGAAAAGUUAUUUGGCAGAGGUACUGAGACAGAUGAUUGGGUGCAACAAUAUAACAAGAACAUUGCUCAUCUCAAAACUGCACAAGAUCAAGAAUGGGAAGCGUUGCAAAAAGAUUGGGAACAAUUUAACCCCGAACAAGGAAUAGGCUACCGCGCUACAAACUCAGAAUACAAUACUUAUCAUUUUGCAUUGAAUAAUCCAUUUUUACUUGAUCAUGAGGCAAUUCAACAAGUGGAUCAUAGAAACUUGGCUGAUUCUAUAUUAGCACUAGAAGCGAGGGCACAGUUAGAGACUUCAAAUUCGGAUGCUUGGAAAAUGCUGGGUCUUCGUCAACAAGAAAAUGAACGUGACGUUGCAGCCAUCGCUGCCUUACGUAAGGCAGUCAGCAUAAAUCCUAGGCUAUUAGAUGCUUGGUUAGCAUUAGCUGUAAGUUAUACAAAUGAAAAUUGUCGAGUAGAUGCAUAUGACGCUCUAGAGCAGUGGAUUAUGAACCAUGAUCAGUAUAAACACUUGAUAAAGACAGCUGGCAAAACCAAGAUGACAAGACCAGAGGAUCGACAUGGUUAUAUCACACAUAUGUUUUUAGAAGCGGCUAGAAGCGCUCCUGGCCAAGAAAUGGAUGCUGAUGUCCAAGUAGGUCUUGGUGUGUUGUUUAAUGUCUCUGAAGAAUAUGAUAAAGCGAUUGAUUGCUUUAAAGCCGCGCUAGCAAUAAAUCCACAAGAUUAUCUAUUAUGGAACAAACUGGGGGCUACAUUGGCCAACUCACGUGAUUCAUCAGGUGCUAUUGAAGCCUACUUUAAUGCAUUAACUAUAAGUCCCACAUAUGUUCGUGCCCGUUAUAAUUUAGCCAUCAGUUGUAUCAACUUGGGUGAGCAUCGUGAAGCUGCUGAACAUUUAUUAACUGCUUUAGCAAUACAAAAAUCAAACGAUAAUGGCUCCAUUAUCAUGAAUGAAGAUGGAAAUAAGAUUCCUGUUUAUGGUGGAAUGAGCGAUAAUGUUUGGGGUAGCCUUCGUAUGCUCAUGUUAAAUAUGCAUCGUGAAGAUUUGGUUAAAGCGUGUGAUGAUCAUAACCUUGAUGCUUUUCGUUCAGAAUUCGACUUUUAA